AUGGAUCUGGAACGAAUCAAGCAGAACCUCCGACUCCGGUCUGGUCGACCGAAGAAACAUAAGAAACCGCCGACAGCACAAACGAUUCAAGAGCGGCGGGCUGGGCAACCCAACGGCGACGUUCCCAAGCCUUCCCAGCGGAUUCCAGAGCGCAUUGAGAAGACCACGAGAGAUCAGUUCUCGCAGACGCAUAAGGAGGAGGAUACAAAGAAGCAGCCGAAUGGGGGCAGGGCUGCAGCACAGGAGGAUCCCGAAGCAUAUCCCCCAGAGUCAAGUGAGAAGCCUGCAGCUCGCUCGACGACCGCCAGCCCUCGCCCAGAAAGUCGCUUGGAGGGUCCUGCCAGCGAACAGCAGCCCCAGCAGCCCAUAAUGGCUGAGCCACUCACGUACACCUCCGACAACUCGGAUGGCAACGACUUCGACCUGAGACCGCCGGCACCUCGUGCGCGGCCACCCUCAUUGGAGACUGUCACAGACCUCCUCUACUCACCCGGGCAUCUUCAUGCAAUUCUACACGAUCAGCAGUCUAUAUCACGGUUCACAGCUUUCCUAAAUCGGUACAGGCCGGAAUAUCAGCCCCUAAUACUACGUUUUCUGGAGACCCAAAAAGCCAUUAAGGCAGUAGAGUAUGCCAAUGCAGUCGCUGAAGGCGCAACUGCCACCAAGAACUCUGAUAUCAAAGCCGUACAAAAAUCUGUGCCUGCAUCAGCUGCCAGGCUUGACAGCGCCUUUGAGGAGGCUAGCGCCACUGCCUUCAAGGCGUUGGUUGGGGAGGCCUUACCUAUGUUCAUCACCUACAAUCUGGUCAAGGUUGCUUCCGAGUGCUUGGUGAACGAGGUCACAGGCAGGCAAAGUAGGAUCAUGCAAAACCUGGUAGGUGGUCUCUCGGAAGUCUUUUGCAUCACAGAUCCCAAUCAGAGGGACAAUCCUAUCAUCUAUGCUUCCGAGGAGUUUUAUCGAUAUACGGGUUAUGGUAGCGAGGACGUCAUUGGCAAAAAUUGCCGCUUUUUGCAGGGCUCCAAGACUUCGAGGGACGCGGUAGUGCGAUUGAAGACAGCAACAGAAAACGGCGAAGAGAUUUGCGAGGCAUUGUUGAACUAUAGACGUGAUGGACGCCCUUUCGUCAAUCUACUCAUGAUCGCUCCCCUACAUGAUAAUAAAGGAAAGGUCAAGUAUCACAUCGGCGCACAGGUGGAUGUCUCGGGCUUAGUCGAGAAUGGCCGUGCUCUUGACAGCUUUCGACGAUAUCUGUCUGUUCGCAAUGCGGACAGGGGAAGGCGUGCUCUGUCAGAACCCGAUGAACACAAGGAGAAGGCCCUCACCAAGCUGCGAGAGCUAAGCGAGAUGUUUGAUUUGGAAGAGUCUGCUGUGGUCCAGACGCACAGUCGCGCCGACUCCUCUACGAGAAGCGACAACAGCCAGAGUAUCGGCAGCAGCGAUCGACCCAAAGGCCUUAGGCGCCUUUUCGUGUCCGACUCGAGCUCAGAUAGCAAUGACGAACAUGAGACGGAACGUGAGAUAUCUGACGACCAAUGGAAGCUCGGCCAGCAAGGUCCAGCUGGGAAGCCAUCGGGCAAACUGCCGGGUGUCUACGACUCCUAUAUGCUCAUUCGACCGGCACCAUCACUACGAAUAAUAUUCGUCUCUGCUAAGCUCCAGAAAGCUGUCAAAACAGUUCAGAGCCCAUUCCUGUCUCAUGUGGCUGCGCCGAGCAGAACGCUAUCCGGCCUGAAGGAAAGCUUCAUAGCCGGGAUGCCUGUCAGUGCCAAAAUCAAUUUCAUGGCCCAGUCUGGCGAGAGAAGAGAUGGCGUCAAAAUCGAUACAUCUUAUAAGCACGAAGAUGGUAAGAACGGCAAAGCAUACUGGAUCUCAGCUACGCCUAUGUUGGGUUCCGACGAUCUGCCUGGCGUGUGGAUGGUUGUCUUUGUUGAGAAGUCGAAGGCACCAAAGAUGGUCAGUGGACGAAGCGCUGAGGUAGAAGCCCAGGCCGAGGCCACAGCAUGCGUGAGCGGGCAUCGAACAGGAACUAACAAGCCUGAUGCGAGGCCCUCGGAGCCGGUGAAUGAUACGCGGGACUCUGGUCUGACGGAAAGCAAACCGCCGCUGCGGAAGGAGCUUUCAAUCAAGCCAAGGCGACUGGGGGACCCAGAGGCCGUGUCCGGAAAGGGGAAUGAGGCUUCGCAGGCCAACAUCAGCGGCAACACCGAGGCCAUGACUGAAAAGAACACCUUCGAAUCUGAAGAUUACCACGAUCCCGAGACUGGCGAUAUCGUCGACCACACGAGCGCCGAGACGCUUAGAGAGCUUUCUCCACCACAGCAAGCUGGCGAUUUUGCCAGAAGCAAAAGUCCCUCUGGAUUACAGACACCAGAAGAGAACGAAUAUGCUCAAUCCAACGAUCAACUAAGCCCAGCAGACAAGACGAAUGAGCAGCAGCAGGGUUUCGAACAGCAACACGUACAGAACCCGGGCCGGACAGAGGACCACGCCCACGACCAUAGCCAUACUCAUGACCAUGAACAACAGGAGAACCCCAUUUCGCGCGAGCGCUCAGAUACAGGCUACGAGUCAGCGCCGAACUUCAGACUUGAAUUGGGAGAAGUUAGGAAAUUUACACCGCCACCGAACAUCGACAACAAUAUGCUCACGCAAACCCCAAGAACAGAAAAUGGGGAGCGGGUAGAAGGCGACCAGGCACCCCACGAGGAUGCCAGCUUUGAAGGAGAUGAAAUCGACAACACGCCGGUGGCGACAAAAGCCCAUACGAGGCGUAGUAGUGGUGAUAAGGGUCAUGACCCGCUUCAGGCGCACUCACCAGUACCGAGGUAUCGCUCCCCGCAUACGGAGGCGCCUGCUGAUACCGAUGGCGCCGAUAACGAUGCAGACGAGAACGGCGAAAACACCUCCAGCGAAGCGCGACCUGCAGUGAAGCGGGAUUCCAAUGGCCCGAGUGGUUUAAUGAUGGAUUAUUUGACCCAGCCAGGGAGCAGAAGGUCCAGGGUAAACGCUGAGGAGUUUGGUAAGGCUCUGCAAGCCCGAGGCGGCACACAGGGUGAGGAGUGGAGUGACGCUGAGUGUAUGCGUACACCUUAUAGUGUUGAUUAG